UCUCUCUUUCUAUCAAUGUAGAUAAUUUUAAUUUUGGUUUACUUUAUUUUCCACUUUUCUAAUUCUAAAACUGAGCAAAGGCUAAGAAAUAAAUUAAAUUAAAAUUGACGUUACUCUACAAUGGUAGAGACCGUCGGCUAUUUCCGCGCAGGAAUAUCGAUCGACCGAUUCGCUCUAGAGACGUACACCGAUAACGUGUCCGGUGGAUAAAACAGCGUCUUUUUACUGCGAUAUUGUUUGUUUUUUAAUUGCUCGGUCGAUAAAGUGAAUCGCCGUCCGAUAGGGCAUGCGGCCUGAUGCAGCCCGUGCGGGAGCGUUUCGCGCCGUCGUGAAUCGCUCGCGGUCGAAAUCGUGGGGGAUGAUAUGUUUCACCCUCGUGGAAUUUUCUACUUUCUCGGUAGAAGGAUAAGAAAGAGAGACAGAGAAAGGGAGCGAGAGCGUCAGUCAACGCGCAUCGAGUCGUCGAGAGUCUUGAUACCAUAGCAAACAACCGCGGCAACCUCGAUCCGCCUUCGCAAAUGAUAAGAUAAAGAAAGCUUUGGAUUCCAUUGUAAAAAAAAAGACAUCGGUUUGGAGGCAAUGAAAUCGUCGAGCCAUUUGCACUCAUCUCGAAAGUGCUGUCUGUAAAGCAAGCUGCAUUGACUGGAAUAAAUGAUAGUUCGAAGACGUUAAGUCAGAUGUAAGAGAAACGACGUAAACGUCGUGGAGAAAGUACACAUUAAAUGCGCGAACAAAAUUAUACGGGAUACAUAAAUGACCGCCUGUUAUGUAUCUCCAGAAGUGACCAUUGUCUUGAGCCAGGAAGAGAUUCGUAAGAGAUACCAAGAUACCGCGUUGAUAAUAUUUAAGGAGGAACAAGGCAGAAAGAAGAAAAUCGUUAGUUAUCUUAGUUUUGGAAAUAGUCGCAGGACAAUGGAAUAUAGUAACAACGGAAACCACCCCGUUGUCGUACGCAAACCUGUAGACUCUGUGAUUACACGGAAUGCUCACUUAGCCUCACAAAUGUCAUUAGAAAAUCGCAAACCGGGCGAGCGAUGCGCGAUUACUUAGCGAGUGGAAAAUGUUAUAAUUAUUUAUUUAAUAAACUUAGCUGUUUCCACUAACAUUAUGGUGUCGAUUUCAGAUAAAUAUAUACUCGUACA